AUGUCAUUACUUAACAGAGGACUCAAUCAAUUGUACAGAGCAUCAAUCAACAACUCGAUGAAAUCAUCGAUGGGCUCACUGCGAUACUUCUACACCGAAAUUCAGCAGUCCAUCCAAUUCAAGCAGGUCCUCGCCGAGAACAAGAUGGUUAUUGUUGAUUUCCAUGCUCCAUGGUGCGGACCAUGCAGAGUGUUGAACCCACUGCUAGAGAGCACAUUCAAGGAUAACAAGAUACCAGAUAUUAAGCUUGCAAAGGUUGAUAUUGAUGAGGUUGGUUCGAUCGCCGAGGAGUUUCAGGUCAGCUCCAUCCCAACACUCAUCGCCUUCAAGGAUGGCAUGGAGGUGCACAGGAUUAUUGGUGCUCCCAACCCAACUGGACUGAACAACUUUAUCGAACAAGCAAGAAGCAAA